AUGAAUCGUGAACUGCAGUACAGUACUGUAGAAAUGGCAGCGAUUGUUGCCCGCAAUGUCCCACUAAUGAAUGAGGAACAAAGAACCAUUUAUGAUCGCAUUAUGCUCGCAGUUUCAGCUGGACAAGGUGGGUUCUUCUUUUUGGAUACACCGGGUGGAACUGGCAAUACAUUCGUUAUUUCGCUAAUUCUUGCUGAAAUACGAUCAAAUAAUGGCAUCGCAUUGGCCGUUGCAUCAUCGGGCAUUGCAGCAACUUUAUUGGAUGGAGGUAGAACAGCUCAUUCAGUAUUUAAGCUGCCACUAAAUAUUCAGAAUAACCCUGACGCAGUAUGCAACAUUAAGAAACAAUCGUCCAUGGCCACUGUGCUGAAACGGUGUAAAAUUAUUAUUUGGGAUGAAUGUACUAUGGCACACAAACAUUCACUUGAGGCGUUGAACAGGACAUUGAAAGAUAUUAAAAACAGUGACAAACCAUUUGGCGGAACUCUGUUGGUCCUUUCAGGUGAUUUCAGACAAACACUUCCAGUCAUUCCACGUUCAACAUACGCUGAUGAGAUCAACGCUUGCUUAAAAUCAUCUCCAUUGUGGCGUAAUGUUGAAAAAUUACAGCUAAAAAUAAAUAUGCGCGUUCAAAUGCUUCAAGAUCCAUCCGCUGAAACAUUUUCAAAACAACUCUUAGAUAUCGGUGAUGAAAAAGUUGCUAUAGAUGAAACUGGAUACGUAAAAUUACCGACCGAUUUCUGCACAAUCGCUGAUUCGCAAGAUACUCUCAUUGAACAAAUAUUUCCCGAUGUACACACAGUACAUAAAUCAUGA